AUGAUCCACGCCUCCCGUCCGGUAUCUAGAAUCACUGAAAGUAAGGUCGGGCCGUCGAAAAAAAUGCUCUGUCGAAUUCUGCUGUUGCUGCUGACUUCCGUCGUCGCUGACCUCCAUUCGCCGGGUCACUCCGGAGGCUGCUCCAGCAACUGCAUCCGAGGCCUCGAGCUCAGACGCAUCGAACAAGUCAAAGUGAGAUUUUGGAUUUUGAGGAACUUUCUACAUUUUUUGCUCUUUAUGUAAAAAACAGUUAUUCCAGCUUUUUGCGUUCAAUUUCCAUCCCUGAUUUCGAGUCUUUCGACCUUAUUUUCUUCUGAUUUAUACAUUUCAAUCUUUCUCAAAAAUCAAGCAUUUUAAAUCCAAUAUUUUCUAUUUCUCUCCUUUUAGGUGGGUGGAAAAUUGCUCUGCACUACAGAUCCAGGAUUUUGUUUUGUGAACUUGGAAGCUUGUUUUUUUUGCGUUCUUUUAUGCAAUUAUGUUCUUUCAAAAUCAGGUAAUCAAUAAUCGGACUUGCUACCUUCUAAACGGAAACUCUCAAACAAUUUUCAGACUGUUGUAAAUUUUUCAAAUAAUCUGAAUAGGAGAUAUUAAAGAGUUCAAAUUUGAACGAAAUACAGUUCUGAAAGUACAGAAACUCUUAAUAUCAUUGUAUUUCGUUUAUCGAUUUUAGGCUCGAAAAAAAAAACAAAGAAAUGAGAGCGGAAGAAUGAGAAAAUAAAUACGCCAAAGAGUGAAGUUGAAGGCAUAGGGGCAGGAAAAAACGGUGUUUGAGUUGAAAGCAGUAUCUUGUAGAGUUUUUCAUUGCGAAGAACGGUUUUCUCAAAAAAGCACAGAUAUGAGCACCUCCGAAGAAAAACGUGAUUUUAUUUUCCCGCUUUUUAAUUUCGAAAAAUGCUUUGAAUCGGUGUACAGAAAACUGUUUACAAUAGGCGUGCAUGCGAUGAUGCGGACAGAAAGAAGAUUUUUCAUAAGAAAAAAAAACUGUAGGAUCCUUUAAACUAUCAAAAUUUUCGAUUAUUCACACGGAGUAUAGAAAAAAAGUUCUUUUCAUUUGUUUACGACCUCUUUCAAAGGGUUGUAUUUUUUUGACCUGUUGGGGCGCCACUUCUACUGUGACUAGUGGUCUUGUCGAUGAUGGAAUCCUCCAGGAUUUUUCCCUCUCGAGGACUUACCUGUUUUAGUUGAACUGUGCUCGUGUUGAGACUUUGGGAGACGGGGUCUAGCAUCACAGGACGAUUUUUCACGUUUCGAUUACUUUUUUUUGAUGUUAAUAUUAUCUUUCGGGUCGCACAUGGUCAUGUUUAGGGAAAACACAUGAAAAGUGUUAGCACCAGCACGAUUAAUUUUUGAUUUUUAGCGUAAGUAAACUAUGAACUCUGAUUAUGUCUCGAGAAGAUCUCGCACGCUUUUUUAGCGUAUUAAUGGAGAAAUUUUACACUUCACAAAACUUUAAAUUUUAUUAAAAACAGCAUUAAUGGGCAUUUGUAAGCGCAAAAUUAGUGAGAAUAUUCAUCUGAAGUUUUGAUCAGGUCACUCUGCGGUACGCCUCAGCAAGUUUUUUCAUUUUUUUUUUGAUUGGGUUUUUUUUAUUCAUAAUGUUAGCACGAUCUUUAUGAGACCAUUCUUGACGUCGGCGAAAAAAAAGUUACUCCCAUCUUUGUUCAUUUUUGGUUUUUUUCAUUUUCUCACGGGCGAGAGAAAGAUUUCGUUUCUUUCCUUGCGUUAGUCGACUUAGUAAGACGAAAGUAGAGCGUUCAGUGAAUAUACCGUACAGAAAAAAAGACAAAAAUAUCAUCAUUGGGUUGGGCGAAUUGUUCGCGUGGUUGUCUGGUCAAAAUAACCUGAGGCAGUUUUUCGCUCUCCGAAAUACAGUCACUCAUUAAAACGUAAACUUUCCUAGCCUGACGAUGUAUAACUAGUUCAGCUUUUCCUUUUUGUUUUGAGCUUAAAAGGAAGGUAGAAGUUGAACGAACUUCUCAGCAGAGUGAAAUUUUGAAACUGUGUUGAUAAUCAGUGAUUUAGACUUUUUCCUAUCAAAAUAUCGACUAUUUGAUUUCUGUUUCAAUGUUUAUUUCUGAGUUUUUUUUCUUAGCGCUUUACAGCAGUUGAAAAUGCUUUUAGAUAGCGAAAAUCUAAGUUUUAUAAACCUUUCAUAAAAAAGGUUUCAUAGGAUAAGAAUAUACUGAAACAACAUAGAAAAAAUUUAAAAAAAAAUGCAAAAUGAAGGAGAGUGUUGUAGAAGGAAUUGAACUUCGCAUUAGAAAAGAGCCGUCCGUUUUCUUUUCAUAUAAUUGUUCAACCAUGUAACUUUUCUUUAGAAGUAGACUUUGGGGUUAAUAUUCAAAUUCAGUAAGAUAAUAGGAACUUUUUUAGGUUGGUUAAAAUUUUUUGAUAUAUUUUGAGUUAAAUCGGACUUAGAAAUAGUGGAUCGUAAUUUUUCCGGUAUAAAUUCAAAAAAUCUGAAGUUGGAGAAUUAAAAAGAUUAAAAAAAUGUUUUAGAUCCAAACGUGCCAAAAAAAAAGGACAAAAAAACAUGUAAAAGAAGUUUGUAAAUGAGAGGAGAGCUUACCAGUAGAACACACAGGAGUUGCCGGCUUGAAAUGAAUACGACGAGCUUCUAGAGAUGGGUCAGGAUUAAAAAAGGAGGAAAUCUGUUGGGUCGGCCUGUGGAUGCUGCCUCAAUGUCGACCAAAACACAAAGAUAAGCGACCAAAACACACGUUUCUUAAUAUGUGAUAGUGACGACCCAAUUGCACUGAUCCGACCUCCGCGGAUAUCUGUCCUUCGCAUUGCAUAAUUUCGCCGUCGUAAUAUUUUUCGCGUGGCGGGAGAGCCGGCGACGGAAAUAUCCUAGGGACAUGUCUUGGUUCUUUAAUCGACGUGUUUAGGUUGAUCGGGGCUUUGAUUUUCCAGCAAAGAAAACAUAAAUAGAAUCGGUUUUUUUGGUAGCGUAAUUUUAGUAGCCGAAAGAAAGCGGAGGAAUAGUGAAACACGACCACCCCCUAGGUUGGGCUCAGGUUGCAUUUUUUAGAACGAAGAAUAAACUUUCAGACAAGCAAAGGUGCAUUUCUUCCAUCGCGAAAGGUGCACAAACUUUGGGAGUUCAAAACUCGCUCAUGGCAUAAGAUUUUCUGAGAAGUUCAGUUCGUCGUCAAAUUUGAUUUGGAGGAGUACGCUUUUUUUUGUAAAUGAGUUUAAAACUUCAUUGUUUCAGUGCGUAGAAAAUUUUUCUUGCUGAUUUUCAGAAUAGUCAUUCAAAUUGUUGGUAGCUCGUUUGAAGUUAACUAUGAACUGUGGAUUUUUUUUUUUCUAAGCCCUUAUCUGUGGUUUCUUGCAAUUAUCUCGCUUUGGUUGAGCUCGACAGCAAUGCUUGAUGAUGGUCCUUUUCAUAACGGGCAUUGGGCGACCGCGAAUGACCGUUUGCAGACUCUACUUUUGCUGGAGCUAGGACUGCGAAGCGAACCCAACAUGACGCAGCUGAGGAGGCCGUCGCUUGGGGAAAUCCAAGUGAUCCGCGCCCUCAUCGACGCCGAGAAGCAAUCCGAGCUGCAGAGCCUCGAGACUCGCUACGUCAUCGGUUAGUCCUGUAGAGAACAAAUCUUUCCCUGGGAAAUCGAUAAAACCCGUCUUUCAGGAACGAGUUCUGGUGGACCAGCUACAGCCAACUUCGCCAGCCCCAUCAAAGGAAAAAUCGAUUCAGUUAGUAACUUCCUUGGUUUAUCGGAACCCUUUUAUCUUUUUUCAGGUGAAGCUGACGUUCUACGUCAACAUAAGCGACGCACGUCUUCUAAGCUGUCGGGAAACUGAAGUCAAAGUUUUUGAAAGGAACGUCGAUGGAACGGUUCGACAAUAGUUCUCAGACACCGCUUUUUUUUUUGCUUUGUCAAGAAAUCUAGCUUUCUCACUUUGGUACCGCCUUCAUGUGAUCAUCGAUAAUUUUCCAGCUCGGGCCAUUGUUAGUGUCUUCGACCUACCGGAUUAACAACUCUAAACGGAUCGCCGUCGACAUAGCCGUCAGUCAUUAUAAAAGGUUUUUUUUUCGCUAGCUAUCGAGAAGGAAAACAGGUGAGAUUUUUUUUCCACUUCAAAAAAGUCAAACGGGGUUGUUUCGAUCUACUUGUUCAUACAGUUCAUACAAGAAAGCGAAAUUUCGAAAAAUAAUAGGAAAUAAUUGGAACAGCUUUUUCACAUUGUUUUUUUCUGAAAUGCUCAUCAAUUUAGUUUGAGAUGGCAACUGGGAAACAAAAUACCGGGAAUCUACGUCGAGGUGCUCGUUGACAACGUCAACGUCGCAGUUCAUCCUCGCGACUCAGAUCAAGAUGAAGAAGUCUGUUUCUUUGAAAAUCGUUUUUGAAGAAGCUGAACACGUCUUCAGAAGAUGGUCCUGGCGACGAAGUUCUCGACGCAGGUCCGUCGUCGACGCGACGCCGCCCCCGUCUGUCCUCGCGAGAAUCCCUCCGCAGGCUGCUGCAUGUACGACUUCGAGGUGACGUUUUUCCCUUUGAGUCCUGAUAUCUUCGAUUUUUUAUAAAGCAUAAAACUGACUUCAUAAAAAAGGUGAGUAAAUGAAAAACCGAGGAAAAAACACGAUGUCAAAAAAUCUCUCGCUCCUCUAUAUUUUUUUUAAAGUCACUCAAUUCAGCCGCAAAGAACUCUUUUUCUCGUUAAAUUCUUCUGACUAAUUGGUCUUUCGAGCUCCUCGAAUUCCGAAUAAGUGUUAAAUUGCGUAUGGUUUGUUUGAAUGAUUUGGAGCAUGUCGAAUUCUGAAGAAAUUGCUCAGCUAUAACUCAGAUCGACUUCGAGAAGAUCGGCUGGAGUUGGAUCAUCGCGCCGAGAACCUACAACGCGUACUUGUGCCGCGGCGACUGUACCCUCAACGGCCAUCAUGUCAGUUUCUUUCUUUCUUCUAAGAGAGAUUGUUGCACAUUUUCGAAAGAUUCUAUGAUACAAGCUAGUAUCGUUCGUAUUCCGCCCUUAAAAUAAAAAUAGGAAAGUUUGGUUAAUUUAUUUGAAUAUAUUGGCUCAGUAAACUUGACGGUCUUUUUUUUGAGAACGGGGCUGAAAAAUAUUCUUUUUUGACUGUUUUGAACGACCAAAUUGUAUCGUUUCACAUCAGUUUUCCAACUCUUAUCUCAUAUUUUCUGUUUCCUUGAAAAAAACUUCUCCAUUGGCAGCAAAACGUUUGAAUCGCCUGAAAACGCUGAUGAAUUUCGCUCCGAUUGCAGAUGCACAGACACGGACACACGAAACUUGUGAGGGCGACGGUCAGACAAGAGGGGACUCCUGACUGGCUGGCGGACCAGAUCGGCACGUGCUGCCACGCCACAGAGUCAGUCUGCCCUUCUCGCAACUGUAGUUGACCUCCUCCUUCAGCUACGAGCCGCUAACAGUCGUCUACGUCAACCAAGACGGAUUUGUCUCUCAGAAAGAUAUUCCCGGGAUGAUCGCGCGACGCUGUUCCUGCUCUUGA